UUUAUUUUAUUUUGUGCAGUGUUCAACUUUGCGAACGGAUCACACGACGUGGCCGAGGUGACCAAGGAAAACUACAACUCAUGCAACACCAACUCCACCAUCUCGUUGUACACCAAUCCGCCGGUGAGAAUCACUCUUGACACUGCCGGUGAACACUUUUUCACGUGCACGUUCACCGGCCACUGUGAUGGCGGCCAAAAGCUCUCCAUUAACGUCACCGGCGGCAACAGCACCGCCACGCCACCCUCUUCCACUGCCACUCCACCCUCUUCUGCCGCCACGCCGCCGUCCACUACCGGAACCACUUCAGCGCCACCACCUCAAGACAGUCGCGCUAGCUCUCUCGCCGUUGCCGGCUUGUCUUCCACCUUCUCCAUUAUCACCUUAGCUUUGUGGUUUUAGAUAUAUAUCAUGAUAUAUAUUAGAGUGUAGAGUUUGUGUGAGUUUUUUUUCUUUUCUUUUUCCCUUUUUUUCACAUAUCUGAUUCGUUGCACUAUAUAUUCUGAUUCGUUGCACUAUAUAUUCUGAUUGAUCAGUUUCUAAUAUAAUAAAGUUCAUCAGUUUUUCAUA